AUGAUCCGAACUACAUUCCGCAGGCUUAUGCUGCGACAGCAGCCUCGAAUCAUCGCAAACCCCUCUCAAUGGUUCAUCGUUCCAGCGCGUGCCCCCGGGAUCGUCGCCGCCAAACGGGCAUUCUCGCAAACACAGGCUGUUGCAUACAAUAAGGGUGGUUUCUCCCUCGAAGACUUCCACAAGGUCUCAGAGGGCACACUCGAAGGUAUUCUCGAGAGUGUUGAAGCGAUUGCAGAGAAACGUACAGAUGUGGACGUUGAGUACAGCGCCGGGGUCCUUACUAUUACACUGCCGCAGGGAACAUAUGUGAUCAAUAAACAGCCCCCGAACCGGCAGAUAUGGAUCUCAUCACCUAUUACUGGCCCUAAUAGAUUCGACUGGGACCCGAUAAACUAUAAAUGGAUUUCGACGAGGGAUGGGUCCACGCUGGGUGGGGUGCUGAAGAAAGAGAUUGGCAUCGAGUUUUCUAUCUCAAUGCCGCUAGGAUACUUGAAUGAACACAGCGUUAGUUCCCAGGGGAUAGAUUUUUGUCUUCGUAUGAUUACUGUCUAUUGGCAAUUGGAUAAACCUGCAUACUAUAAUUCGACCUGA